CAAAGGAUAAAGAUUAGAAAGAGAGCGAGAAAAAAAAAAGCCUCUGUGGGAGGGGCAGAGCUUUAUAUAACCAGUCUCCCUGUCUGCACUAUGAUAGCUCUCUGAGGACAGACAGUUUCUUCUCAGCAGUGCCUCCGGGAAUAACCAGAUUGAAACAAUGGAAGACCUUUAUGUGGCCAACACAAUCUUUGCCCUCAAUUUUUUCAAGCAUCUGGCAAAUACUAGUGCCACCCCAAAUCUCUUCUUCUCUCCAUGGAGCAUCUCAUCCACCAUGGCCAUGGUCUACCUGGGUGCCAGGGGCCACACUGCACAUCAGAUGGCCAAGGUGUUUCAGUUUGACAAAGUUGGAGCCCCGAAGACCCCAGUGACCCUAGAGAAACUCACAGGUUGUGAACUCAUGCAGCAGAUCCAGAAGGGCACUUAUCCUGAGGCUAUUUUGCAGGCACAAGCUGGAGCUUCAAUCCAUUCAUCCUUCCGCUCUCUCAGCUCUGCGAUCAAUGCAUCCACAGGGGAGUAUUUAUUGGAGAGCGUCAAUAAACUGUUUGGAGAGAAGUCUGCGAGAUUCACGGAAGAAUAUAUGCAACUCUCCAAGAAAUACUACUCUACGGAACCCCAGGCUGUCGACUUCCUAGAGUGUACUGAAGAAACCAGAAAAAAGAUUAAUUCCUGGGUCAAGACUCAAACCAAAGGCAAAAUCCCAGACUUGUUACCUGAAGGUUCUGUAGAUGGGGACACCAAGAUGGUCCUGGUGAAUGCUGUCUACUUCAAAGGAAAGUGGAAAACUCCAUUUGAGAAGAAAUUAAAUGGGCUUUAUCCUUUCCGUGUGAACGCGACUCAGCGCAAACCUGUACAGAUGAUGUACUUGCAUAAAGAGCUGAACAUUGGAUACAUAAGCGACCUAAAGACUCAGAUUCUGGAACUCCCAUAUGCUGGAGGCGUCAGCAUGUUCCUGUUGCUUCCAGAUGAAAUUGGUGAUGUGUCCACUGGCUUGGAGUUGCUGGAAAGUGAACUAACCUAUGAUAAAUUCAUUAACUGGACCAGCAAAGACACUCUAGCCGAAGACGAUGUGGAGGUGUACCUCCCCCAGUUCAAAUUAGAAGAGCGCUAUGAACUCAGAUCCAUCCUCAGGAGCAUGGGCAUGGAGGAAGCCUUCAGCCAGAGCCAGGCUGACUUCUCAGGAAUGUCCGACACCAAUGACCUGUUUCUGUCCCAAGUGUUCCAUCAAGCCACCGUGGACGUGAACGAGGAGGGCACGGAAGCAGCUGCCGGCACCGGGGCCGUUCUGUCAGGGAGGACUGGCCAUGGAGGUCCACAGUUUGUGGCAGACCAUCCUUUCCUCUUCUUUAUCAUGCACAAAAUCACCAAGAACAUCCUUUUUUUUGGCCGGUUUAUCUCACCCGAAAAUUGAUAAGUUCUGUUUCUGCACAGGAUUUCGUAGUAUGAGCUGUAAGAUUCCAUGAAUUGCAAUAAGUGCCAAAAAUUUAGAGACUUUUCCUAUACAUUUCUGCUUUUUUCUGAACAACUCCUACUACACGCUAAUGAUAAGUACCGAAAUAACGAGACAGCUGUCCACCAUAACGUUGCAAGCCUAUUAAUCAUUUGGUCUCCUAAGUGGAAUGAUGCUCCAGUUAGGUCUUCCUUACUACCGGUUUAUUGUAUAGCAUUAACUUUUACUAUAUUAUUUAUUAUUUUAUAGAAUGGUCUUAAUUAUUGUUCACUGUCAGUUUCAUAUAGCUGAUAGUUACAGAAGCAGAUGAUCAGUUAUUUUUCUAUCUAAAAAAGGACAUUUACUUGUUUGUAUAAUGAGGGAUGAGUGGUUGUCCUUUCCAUGCCCUUUUUAUAAUAAAUACCUAGAAGAAAGCAUUGAACAACAGGAAAAUAUAUGUCAUGUGCAUUUCUAGCAUUAUGUAUCACAUAGAUGUGUCUAUAACUUAUAAAAUUACAACUACAUAUAAAAAAUAAACAUGUUUCUACACAA